UAGAUAUAGAUCGAUAUUUAGAUUUUUCUUUUUUUUUAUUGUGGAGUUUGAUAGAUUGUUAGAUUUGCCACUCAUGAAAAUUGGAAAGGAACUGUUAGAUGGGAUAGUGAUUACUCCUUUCUAUUUCACUUUAAAUUGUUUUCAAUUUUAACAUGUUAUACUAUAUGCAGCACUAUGAUUGGUUCUUUAAUGAUACAAUGUAUCUUAUUUGGGGGCUUUAGAAAUUGAAAAUUUGUAUUCUAUUGUUCAAUUCCAACUCACCAAGUUCGCGAAAUCCAAACCAUUUUCAAUUGUUUGCCAUUGCACAAUUUUCGAUUUUCAGUAACUGUGUUUUGUGUAAUGGUGGAGAACAAAUGUGAACCAAAAGAUUUUUGGCAGGAACCUUUGGUCCCUGCUUCUUCUUGGACACCAUGUUCUGAUCAGCGAAUUUGGGAACCUAAUGAGGGAAGUAAUGGAUACAUUUUGGUUAGUGCAAAUGGUGGGAUCAACCAACAACGGGUAGCUCCAUGGUAAAGAUGCUGGCCGCUUCACUGCUGCUUGGGAACUUUACAAAGCUCAGGAGGAUGUUGUAGCUGCUUGCAAUGAUUACGGUAUUAAAGUUACACUGUUUCAUGGCCGUGGAGGCAGUAUUGGCCGAGGUGGUGGCCCUACAUAUCUGGCUAUUCAGUCUCAACCACCCGGGUCUGUGAUGGGAACACUUCGGUCUACUGAGCAGGGAGAAAUGGUAGAGGCCAAGUUUGGGUUACCACAAAUAGCUGUUCGACAACUUGAAAUAUACACAACCGCAGUACUACUUGCAACUCUUCGUCCACCACUCCCACCUCGAGAUGAAAAUUGGCGUAAUCUCAUGGAAGAAAUCUCAGAGAUCAGUUGCCAGUGUUACCGCAACGUAGUCUACGAAAAUCCAGAAUUCCUUACCUACUUCGCCGAAGCCACGCCUGAAGCAGAACUCGGCUUCCUCAACAUAGGUAGCCGUCCUGCAAGGAGGAAGAACACGAGAGGAAUUGGACACCUACGUGCUAUUCCCUGGGUGUUUGCAUGGACUCAAACUAGAUUUGUUCUUCCAGCUUGGCUCGGAGUCGGAGCAGGUUUGAAAGGUGCCUGUGAGAAAGGUCACAGUGAAGAACUAAAAGCAAUGUACAAAGAAUGGCCUUUCUUUCAAAGCACAAUAGACCUUAUUGAGAUGGUUUUAGGGAAAGCAGACACUACUAUAGCAAAGUACUAUGAUGAAGCCCUUGUGUCAGAGGAGAGGCAAGAACUCGGCCGCGAGCUAAGAAACGAGCUCUUGACAGCUGAAAAGUUUGUGCUGGUGAUUAGUGGCCAUGAGAAACUUCAGCAGAAUAAUAGGAGCUUGAGGAGGUUGGUUGAGAACAGACUUCCAUUUCUCAAUCCAAUGAACCUGUUACAAGUGGAGAUUCUCAAGAGGUUAAGGCGCGAUGAUGACAACCUUAAACUCAGAGAUGCUUUGCUUAUCACUGUAAAUGGGAUCGCUGCUGGUAUGAGGAAUACCGGUUAACCUUGCUUCUCAAUAACUAUAACAAUGUACACAACUUUCAGCACUAAUGAAUGAUGAAUAGUUUGUUUUAUGUUAGGUUUGUUUAGUAAAGAUUGGUAUAAGUGUAUAACCAUAAUGGUGAAUGGUUUGUUAUGUAAACAGAAGAUGCAUUAUAAUGUUAGAAUGUGAUGUAUGAUUAAGCUUUUCCUGCA